AUGACCAUGACACAAGAACUGCUGAAGGGAAUCGCUGCCAUCAAGACCAAUCAGGAUCAAAUCAUCGCCCAGAUGGCUGCGCUGACUGAUUUUACCGAAACGUUGACCAAGUCUCACAACACCAUGAUCAACACUCACAAUGACGCGAUCAACGCCGGUGAAUCGAUGGCCAGAAGCAUCACUACGAUGAAGAAUGGCAUGGAACAGCUGGCCAAACAAAUCAGCAUUACGCAGGGGAAAAUCACAGAAUUCGAAGGACGAGUUGUGAACCUCGCUGCGCACUUGGCCAACGAACACGCUGGUUCCUCGAAGUGA